UAGAAAACGCAAGCUCCACCGAUCAACGGCCCAGAUCUCCCCAGGUGCCGAAACGAUCUCAUUGGUCCGGACGUUUCUUCUCGACCUCUGAUUGGUCCACGUCACGCAAGGUGACAUGAUCAUCCCCUGCUUCCGGUUCACGCCAGCACCACGGACCCAAAACCGUCGGGUUCAAACUCGAGUUGGACCGUAAUGUGCAGGGCAUCAUCAUACUCGCAAUUUGAUUGGUCCACGUCAUCACAAAUGACGGGUUGCACGCCAUAUGCUGGUUUAUAUAUAUGAUUGGCUCCACUCGCCAUCUUCACCUUCAGAUUCAGAACUGCAACAUAAAAAGCCGAGAGAACAAAUCACAGGAGGAAAAAAGGGAAUUCAUACUGUUAUUGAUUAUUCAAGCUUCGCAACAAUGGCUGGCGCGUGGAAUCGACGCCCAUCCUCUAUCGUAUUCGGGAUUUUGCUUAUCGGAAGCUUGUUUGCGUAUACCAUUGCUUCAGAGGAGGCUGUCAAGUAUGGAACUGUUAUUGGCAUUGAUCUUGGCACGACUUAUUCAUGUGUUGGUGUGUACAAAAAUGGACAUGUUGAAAUUAUAGCAAACGAUCAAGGUAACCGUAUCACUCCUUCAUGGGUUGGUUUCACUGACGGCGAGAGGUUGAUUGGUGAAGCUGCGAAGAAUCAGGCAGCUGUUAAUCCAGAAAGGACAAUCUUUGAUGUCAAGCGGCUUAUUGGUAGAAAGUUUGAAGACAAAGAGGUCCAAAAGGACAUGAAGCUUGUUCCAUACAAGAUUGUUAACAAAGAUGGUAAGCCUUACAUACAAGUGAAGAUCAAAGAUGGAGAAACCAAGGUUUUCAGUCCCGAAGAGAUCAGUGCCAUGAUUUUGACAAAGAUGAAGGAAACAGCUGAGGCUUAUCUUGGAAAGAAAAUUAAGGACGCUGUUGUCACUGUCCCUGCGUACUUCAAUGAUGCCCAAAGACAGGCCACUAAAGAUGCCGGUGUGAUUGCUGGCUUGAAUGUUGUGAGAAUUAUUAAUGAGCCAACUGCUGCAGCAAUUGCAUACGGUUUGGACAAGAAAGGUGGUGAAAAGAAUAUUCUCGUCUUUGACCUUGGUGGUGGAACAUUCGAUGUCAGUAUCUUGACGAUUGACAAUGGUGUAUUUGAGGUUCUCUCUACAAAUGGAGACACUCACUUGGGAGGAGAGGAUUUUGACCAAAGGAUCAUGGAAUACUUCAUUAAGCUCAUCAAGAAGAAGCACGGAAAGGACAUCAGCAAGGACAACAGGGCACUCGGCAAGUUGAGAAGAGAAGCUGAGCGUGCUAAGAGAGCUUUGAGCAGUCAGCACCAAGUCCGUGUGGAAAUCGAGUCCCUCUUUGACGGCACGGAUUUCUCUGAGCCGCUUACCAGGGCCCGCUUUGAGGAACUGAACAAUGACUUGUUCAGAAAGACCAUGGGCCCCGUCAAGAAGGCUAUGGAAGAUGCUGGCCUGGAAAAGCGCCAAAUUGACGAAAUUGUCCUUGUGGGUGGGAGCACCAGGAUUCCAAAGAUUCAGCAGCUUCUCAAGGAUUAUUUUGAUGGGAAGGAGCCAAACAAGGGUGUUAACCCAGAUGAGGCUGUUGCUUAUGGUGCUGCUGUCCAAGGAGGAAUCUUGAGCGGAGAGGGUGGUGAUGAGACCAAAGACAUUCUUCUAUUGGAUGUGGCUCCUUUGACCCUUGGCAUUGAAACUGUUGGAGGAGUGAUGACCAAGUUAAUCCCGAGAAACACAGUCAUCCCAACCAAGAAGUCCCAAGUUUUCACUACUUACCAGGAUCAGCAAACUACUGUCACUAUUCAGGGUGAGAGGAGUCUCACUAAGGACUGUAGGCUGCUCGGGAAAUUUGAUCUCACGGGAAUCGCUCCUGCCCCAAGGGGUACCCCACAGAUUGAGGUGACCUUCGAAGUAGAUGCCAACGGCAUCCUCAACGUGAAGGCUGAGGACAAAGCCUCUGGCAAAGCGGAGAAAAUCACAAUCACAAACGACAAGGGCCGCCUAAGCCAGGAAGAAAUCGAGCGCAUGGUCCGUGAGGCUGAGGAGUUUGCCGAAGAGGACAAGAAGGUGAAGGAGAGGAUCGAUGCCCGUAAUAGCCUCGAGACGUACGUUUACAACAUGAAGAACCAAAUCAACGACAAGGACAAAUUGGCCGACAAGUUGGAGUCGGAUGAGAAGGAGAAAAUCGAGACCGCCACUAAAGAGGCGCUCGAGUGGCUGGAUGAUAACCAGAGUGCUGAGAAGGAGGAUUAUGAGGAGAAGCUAAAGGAAGUUGAGGCUGUGUGCAAUCCUAUAAUCACUGCUGUGUACCAGAGGACUGGGGGAAGUGCGCCAGGUGGCGGCUCGGGAGCUGAGGAAGAGGAUGAAGACCAUGAUGAGCUGUAGAAGAAGGGUGGGGUUUUGUGGUUAGAUCUCUUUGAUUAGGGUUCGGGUUCACUAAGAGGUGUUCUUGAUGAUUUUCCUCUUUUUCUUUUGUUUCCUGAGAUUUUGAUUACAAACUUUACAAGAGGAGCAGUAUUUUUUUUUUUUUCUUGGGUNAUCCCAAUGUGUGAUGUACUAUUUGGUCUAUUGAGGGAUUUGUUAUGGCUAUAGUGGGAAAAAGUUCUAUCUAUCUAUCUCCUUUUGGUGAUUCUCAAAGCUUUUUAUCUGAAUAUGCUAUAUUAUAUUAGUUCGAGUUGGCAUAAUUUCUUUUCUCUAUUAUUGUGUAUAUAUAUCAUUUGAUCAUCAGUGUCCCUUAAUACAGAUCAUUGAUUGUAACUUGAACGUGAUUAUCAUUUU